UUCGCUAUUUAGAUAGUAGAGUGAAGUUAAGAGAGCUCAAAUUCAUCAACGUUUUUCUAAUUUUUUAUUAGGUUUCACUUAAUUAUUCCGUUAAGCUAAUAAAUUGUUUUGGUGUAUUUUGAAUAUAUUUGUGUUGCUAUAAUUAGUAUUAAGUAAAAAAAGAACAAUUGUGCUGUAAAUAACCGCGGCUGUGUGUUGCUUUGUGGUUCAGUGGGUCCAAAAGUCCAAACGACACCGCGAAUUGUUUUCAUUGUGUUACAUUAUUUAUAUAUAUAUAUAUUUUUUUUUUUUGAUGGUGUAUUCCGUUGCGAAAAUACUGUGAUUAUUUUUUGUGUCGCCUACACCAGCAACAAAUUUAUUGACGUAGUGCCUUGUUUACCUGCAUACCUUCUACCUUUCCAAUAACACGUUGAAACAAUCAACAUGGCUACCUUUCUGAGGCUGGCAAAAGCAACUAGACUCUGCCAUCCAUCGUUGGUGCGGAGUGCUUCAGAUGCUGCCAAGUAUCCAAAAAUCACCACCCAUUACACGAUAAAUCCGCGUGAGAAAGAUGAGCGUUGGAAAGAUGUGGACAUGGAGCGCUAUGUCGAUGAGGUGGACAUUGUUAUAGUGGGUGGUGGACCGGCAGGCAUGUCCGCAGCCAUACGUGCCAAACAAUUGGCAGCCGAGCAGGAGAAGGAGUUGCGAGUUUGCGUAGUGGAGAAGUCCGCUGAAGUCGGUGGUCAUAUACUCUCGGGUGCCGUCGUAGAUCCCGUUUCGCUGAAUGAACUCUUUCCCGACUGGAAGGAGCUCGGCGCACCCUUAAAUACACCCGUCGCCACCGAUCGCUUCGCACUACUCACCAGCUCUGGGCGCAUUCCCUUGCCCAUCUUCAAAGGCUGGCCCAUGGACAACCAUGGCAAUUACAUUGUGCGCUUGGGACAUUUAGUCAAGUGGCUGGGCGAGCAAGCGGAGGCGUUGGGUGUUGAAAUAUAUCCCGGCUGCGCAGCCUCAGAAGUGCUCUUCCAUCCCGAUGGCAGUGUGAAAGGUAUUGCCACCAAUGAUGUUGGCAUCGCCAAGGAUGGUUCACCCAAGGACACUUUCGCGCGUGGAAUGGAAUUGCAUGCAAAGACAACGAUAUUCGCCGAAGGCUGUCGGGGGCACUUGAGCAAGCAACUAAUGCAGCAGUUCAGGUUGAACGAGGACAGCCAGCCGCAGACUUACGGUAUUGGUUUGAAGGAGAUCUGGGAGAUACAGCCAGAGAAGCAUGUGUAAGUGUUGGCGAAGCACACAAUUGGUUGGCCCUUGGACUUUCAAACUUAUGGUGGUUCCUUCCUAUAUCACUUGAAUGAGCCCACACCCACCAUUGCUGUCGGUUUCGUGGUUGGCUUAGAUUACAAAAAUCCCUGGAUAAGCCCAUUCCAAGAGUUCCAGCGUUUCAAGACCCAUCCGAAGGUGCGCUCCAUCUUUGAGGGUGCCACACGCAUUGCCUACGGAGCGCGUGCGAUCAACGAAGGAGGUUUCCAAAGUCUACCCAGUAAACUAACCUUCCCUGGUGGUUGCUUAGUCGGCUGCAGCGCGGGCUUCCUCAAUGUACCGCGCAUAAAAGGAUCGCAUUACGCGAUGAAGAGCGGAAUGUUGGCAGCGGAAAGUGCGGUCGAGGCGAUCGCGGACGAAUCAAAAGCAACUGCUGGCCUUGAACCGAAGUCUUACCCAGAGAAAAUUCAAAACUCGUUCAUCUGGAAGGACCUACGCGAAGUACGCAAUGUACGCCCCUCAUUCCACAACCCGCUUGGCAUGUACGGCGGCCUUGCGCUUAGCGGUGUCUCCAUUAUCCUGCGUGGACGCGAACCCUGGACACUGAAGCAUGGCCCACCUGACAAUGAGUCGCUGAAACCAGCAAGCCAAUGCCAGCAAAUCGUCUACCCCAAGCCCGACGGCAAGAUUUCUUUCGACCUGCUCUCGUCGGUAGCGCUGACCGGCACCAACCACGAGGGCGACCAACCAGCACAUUUAACACUCAAAGACGAUCGCAUUCCUGUCGAUCACAAUCUGGCGAUCUACGAAGGACCCGAACAGCGUUUCUGUCCAGCUGGUGUAUACGAGUAUGUGCCCAAUGAUGAGGGUGGCAACAUGAAGCUGCAGAUCAACGCACAAAACUGCAUCCACUGCAAAACCUGUGAUAUUAAGGACCCUAAGCAGAAUAUCAACUGGGUGGUGCCAGAAGGCGGUGGCGGCCCAGCUUACAAUGGAAUGUAAAUUAUUGUAAUUGCACAUAAGGAUCGGCGUAAUAUUCGUCUGCUCUUGCAUUUCGUUUCAACUCAAUAACAGCAAUGCCGCCGGAAACUAAAACGAAUAGCAAUUUUGUAGAUAUUUAAAUACUAUAUAUAGUAUAUAUAAUUAUAUAUGUUUAUAUGUAGAUAGAUAGAAGAACUGAAUUUGAACAUUGUUUAAAAGUAAUUUGCUUUGUACUCAGCUAAUGUAAUAAAAUAUUUUUAUAUGAUAAGGAAGAGCGUUAUCUUCGCCUAACGAAAUAGAAGUCAAGAAGAAUAUAUAUA